AAAAAGCAGAAGACUUCCAAGAACGGACAGAUCAUCUCUCCCUCUCUCUCUCUCUCUCUCUCUCUCACUGUCUCACAGAGCUGAGCACCCUUCUGAUUCUUUCUUCUUCUUCCUCUCUCUCUCUCUCUCUCCCCCUCAUUACAGCGACUUCUCAGUCGUUUGCUUUUUAGCUAGCUAAUGGGGAGGAAGAAGAUAAGCUGGAGUCAAGGGUCAUCGUUAAGCUAGCUUUUAAUUUGGACAUGUGGGAAAGCAAGUUGUCACCUUUCGGAUACCCAGUUCUUGUUCCUGCUUGUUUCUUGCAUUAUUGGAUCGUAGGUGUUGUGUAUAUGACUCUAUACAUAGUAAAUUCGUGACCGCAGAAUUUAAAUGGGAUGCUGGUGAUCUGUUUGGCACGGUGGAGUCGCUGCGUGGAGGUUGUUAAAAGUUAAGAUUAGGCUGUUAUGGACAGGUUGUGUUGUUUCAGAUCAUCCUAUUCUCAGCUUGUAGCGAGGAGAUCGGCUUCGAGCUCUGGUAAGGGAAGAAGCCAUGAGGGUCUGAUCAAGUAUGGUUUCAGCCUAGUAAAAGGAAAAGCAAAUCAUCCCAUGGAGGAUUAUCAUGUCGCCAAGUUCAUGCAGACCCGAGGUCACGAGUUGGGUUUGUUUGCCAUUUAUGAUGGGCAUCUGGGAGAUAGUGUGCCUGCCUACCUUCAGAAGCACUUAUUUUCCAAUAUCUUGAAUGAGGAAGAGUUUUGGGUGAACCCUGAUUUAUCAAUUUCAAAGGCCUACGAAAGUACGGACAAGGCAAUACUCUCAAACAGUUCUGACUUGGGCCGUGGUGGGUCAACUGCUGUCACAGCAAUUUUAAUAAACGGCAGGAGGUUAUGGGUUGCCAAUGUUGGAGAUUCCCGGGCUGUGCUAUCAAGAGGUGGUCAGGCUGUACAGAUGAGUACUGAUCAUGAGCCCAACAUGGAACGAGGUAGCAUUGAGCAUCGAGGUGGCUUUGUCUCAAACAUGCCAGGAGAUGUGCCCAGAGUCAAUGGACAGCUUGCAGUUUCUCGUGCUUUUGGAGACAAAAGCCUCAAAUCACAUCUGCGGUCCGAUCCGGACAUCAAAGACACAACAGUUAAGGUCAUCGAUGAUGUCUUAGUCCUUGCAAGCGAUGGUCUUUGGAAGGUGAUGAACAAUCAAGAGGCAAUUGACAUCGCACGAAGGAUCAAAGACCCACUGAAGGCAGCAAAGCAGUUGACAGCUGAAGCUUUGAAGAGAGACAGUAAAGACGACAUCUCAUGCAUUGUGGUUAGAUUAACAGGCUGAUAUGAUGUCUAUAGAUGCUCAGUACGGUCGAGAACAGACUCAUAUUCCAGAUGAGUAGAGAAUCAAAGGAUUUUGAUCUUGGUCGUGGGAAGCAGUUAAUCUGCCAAAUUGGGAUAACAGGAGUUGAGUGUGACGGGUCUCGUCGUAAAUGUCGGGAUUUUCUCCGGAUGUUUGGGUUGGUUAUGGUGCUUCAUAUCGACUGAUGUAGGUUUUCGAGUUUAUGUUUAUGUUCUUUUUCAGAAUCUCUACCGAAAAGAAUGUAUUAGCUAUCUGUCUCUUCUGGAGGAUGCUGUUGGUAGGAUUUUGUUUGUGGUUGCUCUCCAAAGUUCAAGAAAACAUUAUUUAUUACCCAAAAAAGCAGUUCAAGAAAACAAGUUUCAUUAUUCUGUCA